UCGGGAGGUCGACGUUGACGUGUUGCGAUCUAAGAUGGGGGUCUGGCAGAGGUGGUCGGGUAGUAGGUGGUGGCAGACGUGGGUGACUGCAGCGGGUCGGCAGGGCGCGUGUGUCAACGCGGAGGAAAGGCAUGAACGUCGGUAUACGCGAGACUCUUGCGGUCCGAAAGAGACGGGGUUACGAGCGGGCUUGGUGGGAGAAUUCCACGGAGUGGAGAGAGAACGGUGGGUUGAACCAGGUACAGUGGCCAUGAGACGCGCGGUCGGAUUUCCCUCUUCGACGCAGGAUAGGCGGACGCAGCCAAUCGGGUACGAGUGCUCCGCCAACGACGUCGUGGCUCCGACCGAGAGGCGCCACCGAUGGACCAGGGAGCUGGCGCUCCAAGCAGCGAAUAAGCGCGCAGCCAGUCUGGUAUUGGCUGGCUUCGUCCAAUGGCAGAUUGUUAUGGGUAGACGGUGCCUGAGCGGAGGGGGUUGUGGCGCGUAGCCCCGCGAGCCCCCUCUAAGCUAGGCGUUCUCUCACACGCAAAAGGGGACAUCUCAUCACGACUCUUGGUAGCAGGCACUUCUCCGUAGUGGGCACUCCACUCAUCGUGUCGUCGUACGGGUUCUCCGCGAGAGGCUGUGGGGCCCAAGCCCGAGCGAGCGAGCGCGAGCGACCGCUGGUCGAGUGGGUCUAAGCGGCCGUGAGGACCUCUCCAAGAGUACCCGACAGUCCUCCUUCUCUCUCCAUUCAUUCAGCCAUCCAUCCAUCCAUCCAUCCAUCUAUCCAUCCAGCCAACCGACCGACCGACCGACCAAACAUCUAUCCAUCCAUCCAUCCAUCUAUCCAGCCAGCGCGGAGAGAGCGCAGCCAGAGAGGCCAGCCAGCCGAGCCAACCAUCCAUAGACACUCUCUUCUCUCCCACGGAGAGAGAAGUGUAUCCUCGACGAAGGUGGAGGCGAACCCAGUGUAGUAGAGUGGUACAUCUACCAUCGUCUCUCUAUCGGCAGAGUCCAAGGACUCGAAGACCCCCGCGGGUGAUUCCAGUCGGCCGCCGGCCGGCUCUGGCCGGCCACUAUCCUCGACCCACGUGUGUGCCAACUGCUACUAUCGGUGUUCGGUUGUGUACGCGGUGUUCAUUUGCUCUGUUACCGUCGUCAUCGUCAUCGUCGUCGUCACCGCCGCCGCCGUGGUCGCCGCCGCCGCCGCCGCCGCCGCCGCCGCCGCCGCCGCCGUCGUCGUCGUCGUCGUCGUCGUCGUCGUCGUCGUCGUCGUCGUCGUCGUCGUCGUCGUCGUCGUCGUCGUCGUCGUCAUCGUGGUCGUCGUUGUUGUCGACGUUGACGCAGGUGUCGUACCGGUGUGUCUCGGGCUGUGUUGCCGUGUCCUCGGUAUCAACCGUUCGCGAGGAGAAGUGGCAGCAGAGUACCACCGCGUCGCCGAGUGUCCCGGAUCGACGGUAAGCUCUUGUCCGUGCGGCGUCCAUCUUUGUGUGUUGUCUCUACUCGGUGUCGGUGUCGGUGUCGUUGUUGUUGUCGGUACUUCCGUCCUCUGUCCUCCGGUCCGCCUCUUCACCGUGCCGGUUGUUGUCCUUGACCGUGGAUCACAGCUACCCAGUGGAUUUCAGUGUCGAGGUUGUCAUCGCGAGGCCGAGUCGCGUUACCGUGUUUUUUCGUUCGCCAGCCGACCGACCGACCGACCGACCCGGUGCCCUGGCCCGGUGGUGACCGUCAAGCGAAAGAGACAUGCGGCGGGUCGCACGGUGUCGUCGCUGGACGCGUCCAGCUGCAGCAACAACAACAACAGUCGUGCCUUUGGGCGCCGCGACGACGGACGCGUUUCGCGUGUUGAUCUGUCGCGCAGCCUGUUGAUCGUAAACCGCGGCCGGUUCCAUACGUUUCACCGAUCGAUUCACUAGACUAUACUUGGUUGGUGUACACCCGACCGAUAAGGGAUACUGUGCGGAGUUACUCGUAGAAUUGAUUCGAGCAGUGCCCGGCCCAUAUGAAUGUAAACGAGCGUGAUCGUGCAUGAGACGACGACGAUCAUCAUCCUUCGGCACCGGUGCACCGGUAUCCAACCACCGGCUGCUACCCGCGCGCCGCGAUGCCAUAGAUGAAUCGUGAGGACGGUUCAACGACAGACUGUUCCCGUACCAAGGUGCAACCAUUAAAUCGUUCGAGCUAGGCGCCGGGGCAAGGAGCGGUAUAGACGAGCUGCUCGUCGAGCUCUCCGAGGCAACGUCCGGCGGUGGUCCCCCCGGUUGUCCAUCCGUGGUGGCAGGCCCAUCAUGUCGUUAUCUCGCGGUUAGCGCCGGCCUCAGGAUUCCGCGAAGCGCUAGCUUCAAAUAUUUCGACGGCGCUGGCCUCGCCGAGAUGAGCGGUGGCAGCGGCGGCGGUGGCGGGAACAACGCCGGAAAUCAGGGGAACGGAAAUGCUACCGGUUACCAUCAGCAUCAACAGCAACAGCAACAGCAACAGCAACAGCAACAGCAACAACAACAACAACAACAGCAACAACAACAGCAACAACAGACACAGCUGGAGCAGGCUAGCUUGCUGCCAGAUUUGAAUGGGAUUGACCUGGCGAUGAGCUUGUCGCCUAAACAGCACUCGUCCCACGUACAAGCGGCCGGCGGCGCUCACACGACACCGUUCAGUGUCACCGACAUCCUGUCCCCGAUCGACGAGUCGUACCGGAAGCUGGAGCUGGCGAUCGGCGUCGGCGUGGUUACGCAUCCUCAAGUCUCACCUUACGGGAACGCGUGCGGCGGUCGGGUGGGUGGCAACACCGGUAGCUCGAGCGCGAGCAGCGGCAGUCCGCCGCUCCACGGAGGAUCGACGCCCGGCGGCGGCACACCCGGACCGGUUUCCGGUGCGAACGACGCCGCCGCUGGAGGCAGCAGCGCCGCCGGCGCCGGCAUGACCGCCAUGGGCAAUCCUUACGCCACCAUGCAACUCACCUCGCAGUACCAGUACUGCGCGGCGGAAUUGUCGCCGUAUCACCACGCGGGACCCGCGGUCGCCGGCGGAGCGACCGCGACCGACCCCAUGCGGUCCCAUCACCCGUGGUACGCGCCGGCACCGCCGGCCACCAACGACCCACGGUUCGCCAUCUCGCGGCUAAUGAGCGCCGCGGGAGCGGGCGCCGGGACCAACAUGGCCGGCUGUUCGGUGGGCCAGUCAAUGGGCGACGUAACGAAAUCGUCGGGCAUGGGAAUGGGCGUCGGCGUCGGCGUCGGUGUCGGCAUGGGCGUCGGCGCGAUGCAAUUCCCCCACCUUCCCCAGAGGCGAAAGCGACGCGUUCUGUUCAGCCAGCAGCAGGUUCACGAGCUCGAGAGGCGGUUCAAGCAGCAGAAAUACCUGAGCGCGCCUGAACGCGAACACCUAGCCUCCCUGAUAAACCUCACGCCCACUCAGGUGAAGAUAUGGUUUCAAAAUCACCGAUACAAGUGCAAGAGGCAGGCGAAGGAGAAGGCAAUGGCGGAACAGAACGCUCAGAAUCAGAGUGCGAGUUCGCCGAGACGGGUGGCGGUCCCGGUGCUGGUGAAGGACGGCAAGCCUUGCGGCAGCGGCGGCGGCGGCGGCAACGAGGGCAGCCGCGGCGGGCCCAGCGCGGCCCUGGCCAGCCCGGCCCCGCACCUGACGGCCGCCUCGAGCCCGCACGGUUCCCAUCACGCGGCCUCCUCGGUCUCGCAUCACUCGGUGGUAGGCGUGAGCCACGUGAUGUCCUCUAGCCAGAGCCUGCAGCAUUGCUCGUACACGAGGACCGGUGCACAGCAGAGCAUGCAGCAGCAACAGCAGCCGCAAUGCGGAGGGUACCUGCCGUUCCAGAGUCGGGCUUGGUAGUACAUGCCAUCCGCGGCGGUGGCGAACCCAUCGGCCGCAGGUCCAGCUGCCUGGUACCCGAUCGAGGACAGCCCGUAGAGACGGCGCGCGCGCCUGUCCCCGUGUGAUGUCAAUUUCCACGGAACCAACCGACCGUCGGGUUCGCGGGUGCAGCGGGCGGCAGCUAUGUUCCCCGCGAGGACACCUCUAGGACGACUUUCUUCAGAAGACACGUUCGGCGAAUAUUUCUCAGACGGAGUGUUGGAAUUGUAGUUACCAGGGGCAUCAGGGCAGGGACAUCUUUGGACAAAGGCGCAGUGUCCUGCGUCAAACAGACUGUCGAUCAAGUGACGAUUUUCAGGGACUAUGUGGGACGCGACGACCACGGGACGGUUAACCAGUGAAGCGUUCGAGCCUUCUGCUGCUUCAUAUUCUCCUCAAAUAAACGUGAUUUCCCAGUCGCUAGCGAUGCCUUCGGGUGGUUUGAACACGGAAGGAGAAGCAGAGGUGGUUCUCGAGUGCCGCGGAAGUGUCCGGAACAUUGGGACGUUGAACGACGAUGGUACCGAAGUACUUAUACACAUCGUUCCCGUUUGGUCGGUCCUGGAGGAUGGAAACGAUACAAGUUCCCCUACACCCAGGGACUUUUUGGGUUCGGGGAACGUGACGAACUUCGCGUGGGUAAUGUUCGAGGCUGUUCGAAGAUGUUUGGAUCACGAGCUCGCGAUCAACGCGCGAUUCGUUCUCGUCGCGGUCGCCAGGCAGGAGCUCGUGCCGGCUUCUGAUUCGUCCUGGCGCCGAUCGAUCGCGUGUACCUCGAACAAGGAGUCCGCGUGGGAGACACCUUCAACUGCUGGACCGUUGUCUGUUCGCCGUCGUCCGCCGGCGAACGAAAGGAAGACUGGAGAUCGUGAACGAAGCGAUCGGGAACCUUGAUUCGAGUGACCUCGGGAGGAUCAGAGAAAUAUGUAAUUAUCGAAGUUAGAAGAUGGUUCUUGGAAAAAUGAUUGAUCGACUUUAUUUAUUCUUGUUGUAUGAUUUUAGAUGAACGGAUGAUUCUUUUAACUAUUGCACCGUUGGUGUUCGGUAGCUUCAGCGAAGAUAGAAACGGAACGUGAGAUUUUUGCUUACGAAUAUUCAAUCUUUAGAGUCGGUGAAUCGUGUUUUCCUUUUCCCUUAGAAAAUCUGAAUCACUCUCUUGUUAAGGAGAAAUCGUGAUUUAAAGGGGUUAAUCUCUGAAAAAUCAAAUUCUUUUAUAAUAAUUUUCAUCGAAGUCACGUGAACGUCUUGCGACGUUUCACAGGUAAAAUUUUGGAGCAAAAAGCGGGACGCGGCGAAUUAGGGUCUCCGAUCGUUCGAGGACAACGCGGAGCGUGAAAAUGAGGGUCGCGGACUGUUUCACGAACAAUCCUGUCCGGGACCACUCGAAACGUGCGCCGAUUCCAAUUGCGAGAAACCGUACACCGGCGUUUGAUCGCCGUCAUCGGAGACGAGCGAGCCGCGACAGUGUUGCGCAGUGCCGCGUUCCAUGCAGGCUUGGUCGCUACACAGUGAAAAGGAGUCGGGUUUCGCGUGAACGAGCGGCCGCGAACUCGUUGGAGGCUUACUUUGCCCGAUCCGGGCGGGAAAUAAACGGACAAUUCAUUUAAAAAGUCCUGAGCUCGAUUCUCUCUCGAGGAUUCUUUCUUUUGAGAAAAGAUUUAUUAAUUAAUUGGUUUCCUAGGAAAUUUUAAAAUGAAACAGGAGGAUAUUAAAAUUAAUGUGUAAUUUGCGUAAUACAUCUGAUAGGAGUUUAAGAGAUAAUAAGGAACAAACGUGACAUUAACAAUAGGCAUUGAUUUUAGAAAUAUCUGAUGCACCCAAGAAACACACGAAAAGUAAUCAGAAUAGUUUUGUUUUAUUAUUUCAUUAAAAUCUGAUUACGUAGAAGUCUUCUUCCGAAACGGCGACGUCUAGAUGCAGAUCAUUUAAUAAAUGUUAUUUUUUUCAUUCUCGUCAUCUAUAUAUGAAUUUCUUGGGUUUCCUAGUUCUUCUAAGAAAAUUGAGACACUCUUAAGCCAGCCUCCAACUUGUUACCGGCAUCGGCCACCGAGACUCAAAGGGAAGAUAUUCAAUUUGUGGAAACGGCGAAGUGCGGCGUCGGCCAUUUUGAAUGCAUACCCAUUAUAGAUUAUACGAAUUCGAAGAAGAAUUCUCCUCGCGUUUGAUACCUGAUAGACCGCAAUAUUUUGUAAGAUCAACGGGAAACGAUCGAAAACAGUUGUUACCGAGAGGAUUCGGUGAUUGUUCAGAUGCAUGAGAAUCGGAGGAACAAACAGUCCACGUUACGCUAUUUAGCAAAUUACACAUAACCAUAAUCUAUCGACGAGUCGAUAGACACCGAACAGUUCCGAGAGUAGACGCGAGAUAUUCGAUCUAAUCAAUUUCUUAAAUAUUCAGCGAGGCGAAUGUUCAUAUCGGAUCCGGUUCUCGGCCGACGAUAGCGAUGAACGUCCAGGUUUCCUUAUUGCGCGACAGGCCAGACGGCGCAUUAAUUAUUCCGUUGCAUAAAUCGAUAUAGGCAGCCAGUGUCUACGUUACUCUUCGAGUCUACUUCUCCGAUUCUUCAUGCACAUCGGCAAUUGACUGAAAACCUUGUCGAAAACCCACGGAAAAUGUUCUCAACGAUCACGCAGCCUAUAAUGUUCAUUUUCUACGAUACUGGAAAUAUCUAUUGCUAUCCCUUCAAUUUACUUAGCGACUCAUUUAUCAUGCAGGUUAUUCAAUCAAGUUGUACAAAUUAUCUGUUUCAACUGUCCCCCCAACUUGUUAAUUUAAUACCAAAUCAGAUACACGGGAAACGUAAAUUUAAGGACAUAAAUUAAGUCGAACAUUAGUUUCCUCAAACGAUCUUGCACCUGGGAACAUUCAAAUUCGAGGGAAGCAAUAAAUAUUUCCAAUGUCACACACCAAAACUUAUUUCACCGAGACACAACGAUCUCCGCAAGAGAUCCAACGCAUCAUUACGUUCGAUCCAUUUCACCACGAGCCGAAACACGUGGCGAAAUCUUCGGCAACGUUAAGCAAAACUGCCACGAUUAUCGGCAACCUAGGUUCAACCCUUCCGCUGCGCAACUGGGCUCGACUUGAACUCGUAAUCCGUUGGAAUACGUUCACUAACUCGAGCCCCGUAUGUUUUAUCCCUCCGAAACCCCACAUCUUCCUCCGAGAAUGCACUAGAAAAAUAAUUCGAGCAGCAUAAGGGUUGAGCAGAAAUUCCAACGACAAGAGAGCGAAACACGACCAAAAACCCGCGACCAAUUUCAAUACUCGAGGCUCCACGGGGAGAGGGGACGUGCCAAAAAAAGAAAGAAGAAUCCGCGAGGAACAACGGAGCCGAACCAGAUUCUAUCUGGGCCACGGGAUCCGCGUUCGAAAGGAGAAAGAGAAAAGGGAAAGAAACGAA